UGUGUUCAACGUGUAUUCUCACCGUGUUCGUCAUUAACGCCACUGUUUACACGUUUUUACUCAACGUCAAAACGCACGGCACGUCACGUGGUGUCGCCUAAUUUUUGAACGAAUUUUUGAUAACACAAAAACGCAAGAAAACUGAAAACAUUUACGCAAACGUUUAACGAAAGUGUCCCAACAGUUUUUAGCUGGUCGUGACUAGUGCAAGUGUCUGAGCGCAAAUGUGUCAGUAAGAAGUGUGGCCGCGUACCGUUAACUACUUAACUAGCGCCGCUAAACGCUAUAGACACUGUGUUGUUCAUGCAUUUGAAGCGUGUGUCUUUUGCUUGAGAAGAAUCGAAGAAAAUAGGCGCCUAUGGUCAUUUGUUAUACGGCGCGCUUAAUGAAUCUGAUAAACACCUCGGCGCCGCAUACCCGCAUGUGAAGUUCUUCAAGUGAAACAGUGUUAUUGUGUUCUGGUGAGCUUGAGCAUGUCACAACAUUGAGACAUCCGACCAAUACAUUCACAUACAAACAUACAUCCGACCAUGCGAUAAGUGAAGCAGUGAAGCAGUGAAGCGUGUAUGUGCUUUCCGGUCGAAGUGAUUUAAUUGAUUCCAUGCCAUUCAAUUCGUUGGCCAUACAAUACGACUAGAUAAUUCGUUUGCCAUUCAAUUUAUAUCUGUCUGUGGCGAAAACUGUGUUGUUGCUUUUGUUGUGGAUGUGCUAUAAAUUGACAAAAAGCGAAAGUUCGAUUUGUCUGCACAAGAAGACACUCAAACAAAUGCGCGUGUAUAUGCCGAAGUAAUAUAUGCAUGUGUUUUGAGCACGUACAUAUGUGUGUGUUACAGCCAUAAAAUACAAAUAAGAUAUCCUGGUGUAUGUAAUCUAUAGUGCUUGUGGUUGAAAUACAUAGCUGGAAGCAUAUAAGCAAAAACGCAAUUAAGCGCCGCAUGCCAUCCCAUUUCUAUUAUACAUAUGCAAUUAAUUGUUAUUGUUUACAACUUGGCUAUUAAAGUGCUGUGUGCUGGGGAAUUUGUGAAGCUCAGAUAGCGUGUGAGUGCGUACUGAAUAAUUGUGGUAUAAAUUGAAUUAAAUAAACUGCACUGUAAAUGCUGGAACUGUUAAAAAUACAAGUGAACACAUAGUAAGGAUUUCAUACAGAGCAAAGAUCAGUUUAUUAUUGAAAUCUAAAAUAAUAAAGUGACUCACAGUCUGCUGGAAAAUAUCACUAAUAUCUACUUAUGCUGUUUUGAAAAUUAAGCAGCUCUCUCACACUUGCUUUGCAGAUAAAUUCGGAGAGCAAAUAAGCAAAUGAACCAUAACAAUAAAUCGCAGGUCCUUUGAGAGAAUGUUAACACGAUAAAAACGGCAGCAGCAUAGUGCCAUUGUAGUGGUGCGAAAGCAGCGUGAAGGCAGCUGUGUAAAUACAAAUAAGAGGCGGCAAACGUGAAGGUAACGUUAAGCAGCCAAGCGCCAAAAAAGGCGCAGGUUGAAUGUGGAAUGACCGAACAAUUCAAAAGUAGAAAAGUGGUGUGGCCGAGUGAAGUGCACAAAUACAAAUACAAAUAAAUAGUGUUGUGAAUGCUGUGAAUGCACACAAACGCACAUCUUUCUUCAUAUGUACAUUUGUGUGUAUGUAUGCGUGCAGUGACAGUCUAAUCCGCAAGGACCCAAAAAUAUUUAUCGAUAAUCGUAGCAAGAAUAUCUACAUUAGCUACGCAAAUGAACUGAAAAGGCCAAAGUAUGCAAUGAAAAUAGCGAAAAACAAUAAAAAACAACAACAACAACUGAACUAACAAACUAAAACAAAAGUAAAUCGGAGUGCGCAAGAAACAAAAGGUCCUUCGAAGUGAAGUAGUGCAAAUAAAACAAGGCACCAAGCAACAAAGUAAACACAUGGAAAAAACGGUUGAACGCACAAACAAACCAACAAACAAGCAAACACGAGCGCAAUAAAAGUGGCGAAGUGGCAAAGUGGCAGUCAAACUAUGAACAGCUCGCAAUAAAACUCGAAGUCAGUUUAUUCUAUCGACUAUCGAGGCAAUCUACAGCGUUGAAGGCGGGUGUGUGUGAGUAGAGCAGCAGGCUCACCAGCUGAACUUUCGCUUAUAAACUGUCGCAAACACACACACACAAACGAAGAUUUGUUGAGGACAAAAGCUCCGGCCCGGCUCACUGAAGUGCCACUGAAAAUUCAUAAAACAUAAAACAAUCGUAAAGCAGGCCGUCUACAACGUUGCUGAAGCGCACUGAACGGCGCACAGCUCUUACGGCCCAUUCAUUCAUUCGGUUCAAUAAAACUGUGCGAUAUAAUUUUAUACAAAUAUUUUGUUAUUGUUUCAAUUUUUAUGGCAGUGAUUAUUUAUGGAGCGUAGUUUCGGCAUUCUCGAGUAGCGGAAGUGACACAAAUAGACUGUGCAGAAAUAAAAUGUGAACUAAAAUAAAUGCGCACACAGGACGACUUAUAUACAUAUGUAUAUAUAAAUAAAGCAUAAUAUUAGUAUAUAUAUAGAAACACAACGGCAUUGUGCUGACGUGAAAAUAUACUCCAACUGACAGUGGCUGCAGCAUGAUAGUCAUAAGAAAGUCUGACAGUCAUCAUAAUAAUUAUUUUCACACUCUCAACAACAAAAACAAUAUAAAUAAUAAUAACAAAAACAAAAUUAAAAACAACAAUAAAGCAGUUUUAUCAUCCCUCACGUUGAUGCUUAGAAUUUGUGGCAGCUAUUGUUGCAACAGCCGCACAGCCAGGCAGUUGGCGGCAUAUAGCGUGUGCCGUGCAGAGCAAUGAACUGAGGUGCGGAGUGUCAUUGUUGAUAUUUCCGUGUGAAUAGACUUGAAUUCUAGUGCAUAAAUCCGCAAUGCGAAUACAGCGAUUUGCAAGUCGCAACAACAACAAAAACAAUGUGCAAUACACAAACACAGCGAAAUGAGUGCAAUAGUGGCACAAAGUAGUGAGAAGAAUUGAGACAAGAAAAAAAACAUAAAAAUAUAUAAAUACAUAAAUACAUAUAGACAAAUAAAUCCAAGGUGCCAAGUAACUGUAAGCCAGCGUCUUUAUAUAACGGACCAAGUUAUAUAAAAAAAAAAGUUUGUGAAAUUGUGAAUCCCAAGGCAAAGAGGCAGCUGCUCAAACUAACAGCAAACACACACACAACGUUUAGAGACACCGACAGCCAGCAUGCAUUCGCGCCAGCCAGACGUGCGCGCGCCAAUGUGGCAACAGCUGUCGUCAGCUGUCAUUUUCACGCUACUCAGCAUAGUACCCCUCCAUGCCGAAGUUGUCGAUUUGACUCCACAAUAUAACGCUUCUCCCUCCGUCUUAAUCAGUAGUAGCAGCAGCAGCAGCAGCAGCAGCAUCAGCAGCGGCGUCACAGUGGGUGUCACAUCCGCGGCGACAGUGGCUGCAUUCGUAGAGCCCUACUUGGAGGGUUAUGCCUCAACAAAUGUAACAGCGCAGAUUGGUACGCACGCGUAUUUGCCGUGUCGGGUGAAGCAGCUCGGCAACAAAUCAGUGUCCUGGGUGCGUGUGCGUGAUGGUCAUAUACUCACCGUCGACAGAGCCGUCUUCAUUGCAGACCAACGAUUUCUGGCGCUCAAGCAACCGGACAAAUUCUGGACACUGCAAAUAAAAUACGUACAAGCAAGAGAUGCGGGCGCCUAUGAAUGUCAAGUGUCAACGGAGCCAAAAGUUAGCGCCCGAGUGCACUUGCAAGUGGUUGUGCCACGCACCGAAAUUGUCGGCGGACCAGAACGCUUAGUGAAGGCUGGCAGCACUGUUGUGUUGCGUUGUAUCGUACGCGGUGCCCUAGAGCCGCCCACCUUUAUAAUGUGGUAUCAUAGUACGGAGCAAAUCACCAGCGAUUCAACACGCUAUCGCACACAAGUUGACCGAAAUUUACCCGAAAUCGAAGGCGAUGCCCAUAGUACGACCGGCUCAUUAAUCAUUGAAUCAGCGAAAAAACGUGAUAAUGGCAAUUACACAUGUAGCCCGUCAAAUAGCCCCAGUGUGACUGUGAUGCUCAACGUUAUAAAUGGUGAAUCAUCCGCAUCAGCAGUUACUUCAUCCGCUCCAGUACGAAAAGCGUACACCGCCUGCAUAUUGGCCAUGCUCAUCAGUAUUAUAAUUAUUGGCGGACACAACACAUGACAUGUUAAUUUGCAAAAACAAAAACAACAACAUGAAGAUGAAAAACAAAAGCGCAUAAAACAAAAUAAAUCAUUACAAAUUGUACGUACGCCAAAGGAAAUGACAAUGAAAAAGUACACAAAGAGAAAUUUGUGCGCCGAACAACAGGACUUGGCUAAAAUGAAAGUAACAUUGCAACAACAACAACAGCAACAACUCUUGGGUGCAGUAAAUUAAUAUGGCAAAGAGAAAAAGGCAAAAAAAAAAACUAAAACACAUUUCUUCUCUAUCAUGUAAGUUUAUAUAGGCAACCGUAUCCAUAGUUAUUAGUUACAAAAAAACAACAACAACAACACAUAGAAUUAUGUGUUCAACAAGCGGCAAAGAAAGCAAGAACAGCACACGUAAACAAAAAACACACACACACAACAAGCUGUCAAACAACCGUGUAGGCUAAGAAUUAAGCUGCGUUUGUUGUUGUAGCGGAAAGUUGGGAGCCCACAAAGAAGCGUGGAAAGUAACCGAGAAACAGCAGGAAAAACAUGGCAACAGCAACAGUAUGUAGCCACAACAAUGCUUAAACGAAAGAACACACAGACGCAUGCACCUAUACACAAACAUACUGAGAGGCAGACAGACAGCCAGACACACACACCCAUGUACAGUGUUAUAGACAAAUGUAGUGGCAAUUGAACGUAAUACUCGUAUGCACACAUCGACGACAAAUACAGCCAUGUAUACGUGCGUGUAUAUGUGCUGCAUGGCAUGAGAAUUAGUGUUGCUCAUACGACACGUAGGCCCCAAGUAGCAAACACCUGCUGACACGUGCGUGCGGCGUGUUAACUAACAUGCGUGCCCUUGUUAUAUUCCGCCAAGCGCUUACAGCCCACAACAACAAGCCAAAAUUACAGACACAAACAAACAUUGGAAAUCUCGCGUACACACACACACAAACAUAAACACAGGAGAAAGGCAAGCAAAAAGUUAGAAAAAAAUCCAAAAGCUCUAAGCAUAACAUUAGCAAAAGUUAACUAAGCUAAAUAAAUGUAAGUACACAGGCCAAGUUCGUGUAUAUGUAUGUGUUUCUAAGGAUAAGACAAGCUCACAACUACAUAUGUGUAUGCGUGUAUUCAGCACUGUAUGUGUACUAACUGUGUUUUUUUGCAGUUGCGCUGAAUUUUGUUAGAUUUCACAAGGAAAUCCACAUUCUAGCAGCUGUCGAUAUUUUGUAUAUGAUUGUAUUGUAUUGCAUUUAACUUUAAUUACAAAUAUAUAUGUAAAUUUAAUUUUAUAGAUUUUCUAUGCAGAAAACACUGUGCUAAAUUUGUAAUUGUGAAAUUAGCAAAAAGAAAUAAUAAAAGAAAAUAAUGAUGAACAAAACGAAACAAUAAAGUGUAAUUAACAAACUUCUAUUUUAGAGUUAGCUAACUUAACAAAAACAAAAAUUACAUGUCACUUACCAGAAAGCAUGCAAACGUUACAUAGAAGAGAUGAAAAUGAUGAGAAACGUCACUAAGUUAAGUAAGUGCAUAAUAUAGUACCACUCCAGUCAAAUAUAAAAAAAUCAAAUACACAAAUGAAAUAAUAAAUAUACAUGCAUGUUAGUAAAUAAGUACGUGAACUUGCAGAAAAGCAAAGUGAAAAGCAUAAUUACCAAAUAAAUAAAAAGACAAAUUUUAUUUAACAUAUACCAGAUGCUAGCAGUUGUGUAAAUAUGCGUAAUUUUAAAAUUUAAAAAUGUGAAAUAAGAAAUUGAAAUUAAAUUUAAUGAAACAAUAUAAGUGCAAACAAAUAAGAGGAGCACUCGUAAAAAGAGAAAUUUAUUUUUUUUUAUUCUUUAAAUAUUGCUUUAUAUAUACUUUUCUAUAUAGCAAAUUAUUAAUAUAUAUUUUUUAUUUUUACUCAUUUGCAGUUUUAAGAAUUCCACGGUUAUUACAACAUUGCUGUAACAAAAUAACAACUGUGGCAACAGAAAGUGCAGAUGUAUAAGUUGUAGCAUUAUACCAGCAAUUAAUACACGCUCUUGAAUACUUAUAUUUCAAAUUCGAAUAAACAAAUUAAAGUUGCCAAUUUAGCUCAGAAUGUAAUAAAUGUUUCUAACUCAAACCUUAACUCAAGCGUACGAAGUAUGAAUUGAAAUAAAUCACUGUAUACCCUUGGUACAGUCGACGCGCGCAUGCAUUCGUAUAAUAUGCGGUGAUGCAACGCAAACAACACAAAUUAACCGCAAUUAUUCAAGCAAUUCAGCAAGAAUGUGUUGGUUUGUUUGUUGCUUUAUGUUCACAAUUCCAAAAAUCCGUGGUUGUGUGUGUGCGAGCAGUAAACCAAAGUGAAUAUUUGCAUAUGUAUUAGUAUGAAAUCGCUCUGGUUUUUAAAACCAUUUACAUAACAACGACAUAUACAUAUGUACAUAUAAAAUUGCACACACAUACCAACCAAAUACCUGGAAUUUGACAAAUGUCACACAUUUUGUGGUUUCGCAAAUUUUACAUUGUUUUCAAACUAUCAAGUUAUACAAAAUUUUCCGGCAUUAAAGCUUACCCUCAUUUAUCAUUGUUGCUAUACAAAUAUGCAUAUACACAUUUAUAUUUUCCAGCGCGAAAAACUUUUGCUUAAAACACUAACAAACAAAUCAAAUUUAUUAUCAAAUUUAAUAACAAAAUAUCUACCAAUGUAGUUAUUUUGUGUACAUACAAUAUUCUCCUAAAAGAACAAAAUAUGCCACUAACAGAACCAAACAGAAAUUAAACUACACCUAAUUCCUCUAUAGACAUAAUUACAGCAAGCAGUCACAAAAGUGAAGGCAACAUUUAUUCCACAUAUAUUUAUCGCAAUUAAGUCGUGGUAAAUAAUAUAAUAUAAUAAUAAUAGUUGUAACUAAAAUAUAUGGAAAUGAAUUUUGUAAAAUAAAUAAUUUUAGUACUUCUAAUAUAUGUAUUCAAUGUAAGUAUUUAGCUGAUAAGCGUUUUCUUGGUUGAUGAGGUAUUAAAUGAUUUGUUUCACAGUGUAUAGCAAGAAUUAGAUGCAUAUAUUCGAAACUGCUUACUUUUUCAGCCAUUUUCAGCUUUCAUCAUUUUGUUACUCAUACGACAUGGCAAACUUCUAUAUUAGAUAUUUUAAUGUAAUGUAGAAUAGGUGGAAUUCUAAGACUAUAUAUUUAUUUUUUUUUUUUU